AUGCCCCCGAAGGAGUCUGAGCAGCCCCACCGAGCUCCUUUCGUCUUCCCUCGAUCGAGGAGGGAGAGAGCGGCAGAAGCUGCUCGUCCCAUUCCUGCACAACCGGUGCGAACUGCUGCACCUUCGCAGCCCCCUGCGCAUGAAGCGACCAGGGCAGAACAGGUCGCUCAGGCACCACCAGCACGCCCAAGGCAUAAGGCCCCUACCCAAAGGUCCAAGAAGAGGAAACAGGUCCAGGCCGAAGAGUCUAAAACCGAAUCCGAGGAGGAGCCCUUGAGGUCGCGGAGGGACUUAAGGAGGUCGGGCAAGGAGCCUGCAGGUGAGGCGAUCACCUCCGACAAGGCGAAGGACAUACCAGUGCUGGACUUGCUGGGGAGCCUGUCUGAGUACCUGCAGCCGAUAGCUCUACUUGCGAUGAGGAUGUCCAUGGAGAAGACUCGGCUGGGAGCCGCGAAGGGGUCCAGUGACCUACAGGAGGAGGUCGCGAAGCUCAAGAAAAGCCUGGAGUUCGCCAAAGCUGAAAGGACAGAAGCGUUCGAUGUGGCAAACAGGGAGAAGGACCAGGAGAUCCAAGCGACCUCCGUAUGGGCCCAGCGGCUUGAACAAGAAAAGGAGGCCUCCGAACAAGAGAAACGAGCUUUUGAGGCUGAACUCCAGGAGAGUCGCGAAAGGAUCGCCUCACUGACUGAAGAGAUGCGAAAUCAGUCAGAGGAGCUGGAGGAGAAGGCCGCCGACUGGGCAAUCGGGUGCAUUUAUUCCCUCCGGUUGAGGAACCCAGAUAUGGACAUUUCUGACCUCCCAGAGGGGUGGCAAGCGACCUUGCGGAUCAUGGCCGAGGAGGACGAUCAGGCAGCCGCGGCCGCCCAACGACCCGACCAGGCAGGGGGUUCUGGUUCGAAGGAUCCCCCCGACCAGCCGUAA